UCUGGGUGACAGACCCUCUUUCUCAAAAAGGAAAAAAUAAAAUAAAAUAAGAAAAUUCAGCUUUCUUGGCUCAAGGUCCUGUUUGGGCCUGAUGAGAAGGUGAAGAAGAGUGGUCACUGGCCCAGAGCACACGAGUCCUUCAUCCCAUGGCUUUGCUGCAAGUCUUUUUGGAAAGAGACAAGCAUGGCGCAACCCAUAAGUUCUAGAAGUGUUUCCUUGGCCUCAUCUUGUCUCAGGGGCAGUGGUUGGGGAUUUCCAGAAUGUCGUUGCUUAAUGAAAAAUUUAUGGGGGCUGCUUCCUUUUGGGACAACUGGGCUUUGCCCCCUGGUGACCUGUGUCCUUGUGGCUGGGCUGCCCCCGCCACUGCCUGCCAUCAGUCAGCUGGCAUGUGCUUGGUGCAUAGCAUCAGCUGUAUGUUUCUGGAGCUGCUUUCUAGGAUAAAUGUACUCGUAGAAACCAAACUACAUGGCAUUCCUUGGCCUCACUCUGUGUACCCUCCAUCCCAGGAUCUAGGCUUCCCCAGUGCCUUUAGGCCUCCCCUUGUGAUGGAGCCCCAUCACACUUAUCCCCUUGGGUCCCUUUGGACUUGCUGGUCAUGCUGCAUGGAAGCCCUCUCCAGCCAACUCCACAUGUGAGGGAGGUUGAAACCCCACUGAUGUGUUUCCUUGUCUGUGAUCGCUGUCUUUCUACCAAUACUUGUGUCCAGUCACUUGGUGUGUCCUAUAAUCUAUCUAUGCCUGGACCAAAACUGGUACACUACAUCCAAGGUUCCCAGUGAGCUGGUAUGCGGCUGGUGUCAUUUGUCCCUGUGUCUUCUCCUAUCUCACUGGCCGCCUAUCUCCAUAGCCUAGUCCGUGGAUUUGCUUUAUGUAUCAAAUUCUCCGUUUGGCGCUUUUAAAAUAGGAUUAUUUGCCAGAACUGUAUUUACAAAAAAGUUUGUGUAACCUUGGUUUAAAUAAAUUACAAAAAGUAAUUCACUGUCAGCUAGGGUGCCUACUGUGUGCUACACAUAAAGCUGCUUCUGGACCCACUAAAAGUUUAUUCCAGAAUGGUAUCCUCACUGAGCUCUUAGGUUUAUUACUAGAGAUGCUUGAUAGAUGUAGUCAGCCCUUAGCUUUCAGAGUUUUUCUUACUACCAGAACUGGGUUUAAAAAGCCAACUAUAUGUAUGUAUUUACUGCCAGUAGAAAAGUGUCACAAAAAGGAUGCAAACGACCACUAUACAUCUGAGCAAAUGAAUGAAUCAUCAGAAUGGAAAUUCACAUCACUGCAAGAGGUGGGUUGUGUUUCAGGAGGGCAAUUUGGCAAUAAAAACAUGCAUACCCUUGACUUGGUGGCUGUUCAUCUUGGGAUUUGUCCCACUGGAAAAACUGGACAGGUGUUCAGAAUCACUCUUGUGAGGAUGCUUGUGGCAGAGUUUGCAAAGUUGGGGUGGCUCUCAGUAGGGGUUGUUCAGGUGAGGGAAGGGCAUCAGAGUGGGUGCUGAGGCACUUAACAGCAGGGGCCUGUGUUGCCACUGGAGGUGCACCUUAUAGUUAGGAAAAUGGUAGGACUAGUAUGGAUUCAUUUUUAUUUUAUCUGCGGUAAACAUGCAGAUUCUUUCCUCAGCAAACCUGCAUUAUUUAAAUUACCAAGAAAAUAUUCUUAAUAAGUUUGUGGCUUUGCCCUGAGCAGUGGACUGGGUGGGCCAUCCACGGAUGGGCAGGCCCAACCUUCCUGCUUCUCCCCGCCUGACCCAUCAAAUGGAAUUACUGACUUAGCUCAAUGCUUUGUGAGCGAUAAAUGCAAACAAUUUUAACGUAAAUGUCAUAUUUGGGAGCCUGCAAAUCAUUUUUCUCCACACACAGGCAGCAUCUCCUAAAAGCUCACAGGUGGGAAAAGGAAUGUGCAGGUUUGUGAGGUGUGGCUUCAUUGUACCUCCUUCCCUAUGAUCUCCAUAGUUCCCAGAACCCCUGCUGGCUCCUGGUAGGCUCUCACCACCUCACUUUGCCUCCUCUGUUGGUACGUGGUCUCCUCCCUGCUAGACGGUAAGUCUUUGCGGAGAAAAGACAUUGGAACCCUUGCAGACAAAACAUGAGGUGGCUCCUGCCCGCCCCCCCUCACCAACCUGACCAGCUACUGCCAGGGCAGCUCAAUCCUCGGAGCCACAAGCCAGAGGGACUUGUCAUUCCAAGCGGUGCUCAUCUGCUAACUGGUCUCUCAUGGGGACUCUUCUCUUCCUUUGUAGAGUGCCUGGUGAAGAAUGUGAUGGGAUCACUAGCAUGUCUGCGGAGAGCGGCCCUGGGACAAGAUUGAGAAAUCUGCCAGUAAUGGGGGAUGGACUAGAAACUUCCCAAAUGUCUACAACGCAGGCCCAGGCCCAACCCCAGCCAGCCAAUGCAGCCAGCACCAACCCCCCGCCCCCAGAGACCUCCAACCCUAACAAGCCCAAGAGGCAGACCAACCAACUGCAAUACCUGCUCAGAGUGGUGCUCAAGACACUAUGGAAACACCAGUUUGCGUGGCCUUUCCAGCAGCCUGUGGAUGCCGUCAAGCUGAACCUCCCUGAUUACUAUAAGAUCAUUAAAACACCUAUGGAUAUGGGAACAAUAAAGAAGCGCUUGGAAAACAACUACUAUUGGAAUGCUCAGGAAUGUAUCCAGGACUUCAACACUAUGUUUACAAAUUGUUACAUCUACAACAAGUUCAGACCACAGAUGUGAUUAAAAUCAACCCUUUCAAAUAGAACGACUCUGGAGGGAGACACUAUACAGAACUCAGCUUUUGACCUCUGCUGGUGUAGUGGGUAAAAAUGCCCAGAAGAGAUGGGUAGCCUGGAGAUGACAUAGUCUUAAUGGCAGAAGCUCUGGAGAAGCUCUUCUUGCAAAAAAUAAACGAACUACCCACAGAAGAAACCGAGAUCAUGAUAGUACAGGCAAAAGGAAGAGGACGUGGGAGGAAAGAAGCAGGGACAGCAAAACCUGGUGUUUCCACGGUACCAAACACAACUCAAGCAUCAACUCCUCCGCAGACCCAGACCCCUCAGCCAAAUCCUCCUCCUGUACAGGCCACGCCUCACCCCUUCCCUGCUGUCACCCCAGACCUCAUCGUCCAGACCCCUGUCAUGACGGUGGUGCCUCCCCAGCCACUGCAGACGCCCCCGCCGGUGCCCCCUCAGCCACAACCCCCACCUGCUCCAGCUCCCCAGCCUGUACAGAGCCACCCGCCCAUCAUUGCGGCCACCCCGCAGCCUGUAAAGACAAAGAAGGGAGUGAAGAGGAAAGCAGACACCACCACCCCUACCACCAUUGACCCCAUUCACGAGCCACCCUCACUACCCCCGGAGCCUAAGACCACCAAACUGGGCCCGAGGCGGGAGAGCAGCCGGCCUGUGAAACCUCCAAAGAAGGACGUGCCCGACUCUCAGCAGCACCCAGCACCAGAGAAGAGCAGCAAGGUCUCAGAGCAGCUCAAGUGCUGCAGCGGCAUCCUCAAGGAAAUGUUCGCUAAGAAGCAUGCUGCCUAUGCCUGGCCCUUCUACAAGCCUGUGGACGUGGAGGCGCUGGGCCUGCAUGACUACUGUGACAUCAUCAAGCACCCCAUGGACAUGAGCACAAUCAAGUCUAAACUGGAGGCCCGUGAGUACCGUGAUGCCCAGGAGUUUGGUGCUGACGUCCGAUUGAUGUUCUCCAACUGCUAUAAAUACAACCCUCCCGACCAUGAGGUGGUGGCUAUGGCCCGCAAGCUCCAGGACGUGUUCGAAAUGCGCUUUGCCAAGAUGCCAGAUGAGCCUGAGGAGCCAGUGGUGGCUGUGUCAUCCCCAGCAGUGCCCCCUCCCACCAAGGUUGUGGCCCCACCCUCUUCCAGCGACAGCAGCAGCGAUAGCUCCUCAGACAGUGACAGUUCGACUGAUGACUCUGAGGAGGAGCGAGCUCAGCGGCUGGCUGAGCUCCAGGAGCAGCUCAAAGCCGUGCACGAGCAGCUUGCAGCCCUCUCUCAGCCCCAGCAGAACAAACCAAAGAAAAAGGAGAAGGACAAGAAGGAAAAGAAAAAAGAAAAGCACAAAAAGAAAGAGGAAGUAGAAGAGAAUAAAAAGAGUAAAGCCAAGGAACCUCCUCCCAAAAAGACAAAGAAAAAUAAUAGCAGCAACAGCAAUGCGAGCAAGAAGGAGCCAGCGCCCAUGAAGAGCAAGCCCCCUCCCACAUACGAGUCAGAGGAAGAGGACAAAUGCAAGCCUAUGUCCUAUGAGGAGAAGCGGCAGCUCAGCCUGGACAUCAACAAGCUCCCCGGAGAGAAGCUGGGCCGAGUGGUGCACAUCAUCCAGUCACGGGAGCCCUCGCUGAAGAACUCCAACCCUGACGAGAUCGAGAUCGACUUUGAGACCCUAAAGCCAUCCACACUGCGUGAGCUGGAGCGCUAUGUCACCUCCUGUUUGCGGAAGAAAAGGAAACCUCAAGCUGAGAAAGUUGAUGUGAUUGCCGGCUCCUCCAAGAUGAAGGGCUUCUCGUCCUCAGAGUCGGAGAGCUCCAGUGAGUCCAGCUCCUCUGACAGCGAAGACUCCGAAACAGAGAUGGCUCCGAAGUCAAAAAAGAAGGGGCACCCCGGGAGGGAGCAGAAGAAGCACCAUCACCACCACCACCAGCAGAUGCAGCAGGCCCCGGCUCCUGUGCCCCAGCAACCGCCCCCGCCUCCCCAGCAGCCCCCACCGCCUCCACCUCCGCAGCAGCAACAGCAGCCGCCACCCCCACCUCCCCCGCCCUCCAUGCCGCAGCAGGCAGCCCCGGCAAUGAAGUCCUCGCCCCCACCCUUUAUCGCCGCCCAGGUGCCUGUCCUGGAGCCCCAGCUCCCAGGCAGCGUCUUUGACCCCAUCGGCCACUUCACCCAGCCCAUCCUGCACCUGCCGCAGCCUGAGCUGCCCCCUCACCUGCCCCAGCCGCCUGAGCACAGCCCUCCACCCCAUCUCAACCAGCACGCAGUGGUCUCUCCUCCAGCUUUACACAACGCACUGCCCCAGCAGCCAUCACGGCCCAGCAACCGAGCUGCUGCCCUGCCUCCCAAGCCCGCCCGGCCUCCAGCCGUGUCACCAGCCUUGACCCAACCACCUCUGCUUCCACAGCCCCCUAUGCCCCAGCCCCCCCAAGUGCUGCUGGAGGAUGAAGAGCCACCUGCCCCACCCCUCACCUCCAUGCAGAUGCAGCUGUACCUGCAGCAGCUGCAGAAGGUGCAGCCCCCUACGCCACUACUCCCUUCCGUGAAGGUGCAGUCCCAGCCCCCAGCCCCCCUGCCGCCCCCACCCCACCCCUCUGUGCAGCAGCAGCUACAGCAGCAGCCACCACCACCACCCCCACCCCAGCCCCAGCCCCCACCCCAACAGCAGCAUCAGCCCCCUCCACGGCCCGUGCACUUGCAGCCCAUGCAGUUCUCCACCCACAUCCAACAGCCCCCCCCACCCCAGGGCCAGCAGCCCCCCCACCCUCCACCGGGCCAGCAGCCGCCCCCGCCGCAGCCUGCCAAGCCUCAGCAAGUCAUCCAGCAGCACCACCACUCGCCUCGGCACCACAAGUCGGACCCCUAUUCAACUGGUCAUCUCCGUGAAGCCCCCUCCCCGCUUAUGAUACAUUCCCCCCAGAUGUCACAGUUCCAGAGCCUGACCCACCAGUCUCCACCCCAGCAAAACGUCCAGCCUAAGAAGCAGGUAACGGGCAGGGCUGGGCCACAGCCCCCAGAGCCAGGCGUGGGCCGGGGCCAGGGGCGCCUGCCCACCUCACCGGCCGCUGUGCCUGUGCCAUCCCAGGAGCUGCGUGCGGCCUCCGUGGUCCAGCCCCAGCCCCUGGUGGUGGUGAAGGAGGAGAAGAUCCACUCACCCAUCAUCCGCAGCGAGCCCUUCAGCCCCUCGCUGCGGCCGGAGCCCCCCAAGCAUCCGGAGAGCAUCAAGGCCCCCGUCCACCUGCCCCAGCGGCCGGAGAUGAAGCCUGUGGAUGUCGGGAGGCCUGUAAUCCGGCCCCCUGAGCAGAACGCACCACCACCAGGGGCCCCUGACAAGGACAAACAGAAACAGGAGCCGAAGACUCCGGUUGCCCCCAAAAAGGACCUAAAAAUCAAGAACAUGGGCUCCUGGGCCAGCCUAGUGCAGAAGCAUCCGACCACCCCCUCCUCUACCGCCAAGUCAUCCAGCGACAGCUUCGAGCAGUUCCGCCGCGCUGCUCGGGAGAAGGAGGAGCGUGAGAAGGCCCUGAAGGCUCAGGCUGAGCACGCUGAGAAGGAGAAGGAACGGCUGCGGCAGGAGCGCAUGAGGAGCCGAGAGGACGAGGAUGCGCUGGAGCAGGCCCGGCGGGCCCAUGAGGAGGCACGCCGGCGCCAGGAGCAGCAGCAGCAACAGCAGCAGCGCCAGGAGCAGCAGCAGCAGCAGCAGCAGCAGCAACAACAACAGGCAGCCGCAGUGGCAGCUGCUGCCACCCCCCAGGCCCAGAGCUCCCAGCCCCAGUCCAUGCUGGACCAGCAGAGGGAGUUGGCUCGGAAGCGGGAGCAGGAGCGAAGACGCCGGGAAGCCAUGGCAGCUACCAUUGACAUGAAUUUCCAGAGUGAUCUAUUGUCAAUAUUUGAAGAAAAUCUUUUCUGAGCGCACCUAGGUGGCUUCUGACUUUGAUUUUCUGGCAAAACAUUGACUUUCCAUAGUGUUAGGGGCGGCGGUGGAGGUAGGGGCAGCGGCCAGGGGACGCCUCCGGGCCUGGCCCUCCUGCAUGCUAUGCCCGGGGCUGGCCUGACGGGCAGCUAAGGAUCACAGAGCCUGUCUGCCUUACGGACAGCCGGACAGACGUUCUGCCACUCACCCCGCACAGGACGUCCGCUCAGCGCACGCCUCGUUAUGAGCGAGUGCCGGCUGGACCCAAGCCCUGCAUCCCCACAUGCGGGGCAGAGGCCCUCUCUCCGCCAGAUGUCUACACAGUAUACACAGGACAUCGUUGCUGUCGCCACCGUGACUGGUUUUCUGUCCCCAAGAACGUGACAUUCGUGACAUCCUGCCUGCCAGGAGUCCUUCCCCACACCCCAGCCAUCGCCGCCCGCUCCCAGGAGGCCAGGGCAGGCCCGAGUGGGCUGGAGGUGGGUGAGGCCAGCCCACCCCCUCGCUGGCACUGACUUUGCCUUGAACAGACCCCCCCAACCCUCCCCCACAAGCCUUUAAUCGAGAGCCGCUCUCUGUAAGUGUGUGCUUGUGCAAAAGGGAAUAGUGCCGUGGAGGUGUGUGUGUCCAUGGCAUCCGGAGUGAGGCGGCUGUCCCAUGUGGGCAGGCCUUGCCCGGGGAGUGAGGCCACCAACCAAAGUCAGUUCCUUCCCACCUGUGUUUCUGGUUUUGUUUUGUUUUGUUUUUUCCUAUAUAUAUUUUUUGUUGAAUUCUAUUUUAUUUUUAAUUAUCUCUUCUCCAGACACAAUGGCACUGCUUAUCUCUGAAAUGGUGUGAUCGUCUCCUCAUUGAGCGGCGGCUGCCACCGCGCUGUGGGUAGUGUGUGACCGUGGCUGUACUGUAUAGUGAACAUAGUUGGCAUAUCUUUGUUUGAAGUUUGUUAGUGACUCCACCAAACUGGUGUAAAAAAAGAAAAACUCAAAAAAAUCCACAAAAAAGACAAAACACAAAAAAAUCCUGCCUAUAUUUUACUGAGUUUCAAACUUCGUCUAUUUUUAAUUAUAAAACCAGAAAGCUGCAAUUUCUUUUCCUUCCCCCUCCUCCCACCCAACCCCAUUUGUUGGCUUGUUUUUUAAUGUCAGAUCUGUUUUGAGGGGUUUUUUUGUUGUUUUGUUUUGUUUUUAAACUGAGAAAGGAAGGGCCAAGGGACAAGGUGGGCGCCAGGCCCUAGGGGUGCCACAGACUGAGGCAGAUUCCCUCACCUGGCGCCCAGCCCCGACCAGUGGCCGCUCGCUCCUGCCCGUGCUUUUUUUUUUUUUUUUUUUUUUUUUUUUUUUUUUUUUUUAAUUUUAUAAUUGGAGCCCUUGGUGAGGUUACGUGUGCCAUGAGAACCCACUCUACACCACGACGCUGGUGCCUCAGUGUUGGCCAAACCCUGGAGUCACUGACUGGUUUGACUUUCAUACAGUGAAAUAUGCAUUUGGUCUGUACUGAUCAUGGAAUAAACACAUCUCUCUUUUUUAAUGCUGGCGUCUCCCUGACAUUUCUUUGUGAACCAAUUGUUGCCUAGGCUAGGCCCAGGGGCCCCCCUGGACCCUGGACCACCUCUGUACAAGAACUAUCACCAGGAAUUACCUAGCCCCUCUCCUGUGGCCUAUCCCUGCCUGCCCUGCGCAGGAGCCACGCAGGCUCAUAGCGGCCACCUCAAGCUGAAGCUGUGACCAGAGCCAGGUACUCAUCCUUGUGGACCCUGGCUGAGAUGGAGGGUAUGCUCCAGCAGAACCCUGGCCAAACUCCAGACAGUAUUCUUCCCCUCCACCCUCCGUCAUCCCAUCCCCCACUCACCAAAGGACUUCGUCGACUUCUUCCACCUUGCCUGCCUCGACCUAACUCCUUUCAUUUAAGCUCAGGGUUAAUCAGAUAUUCUUAGAGAAAUCUACAUUCCCCCCCCCCCAUUAGAAUCCUUACCCUGCCAUGCACAUACACAUGCACACAUAUUCCUACCCAAGAAAGCCCACAGGUGGCUGCCCUCCCUGUGUGCCCACCUAUACGCACAUGCCCCAGCCACAAGGCACGGGUGAUGCCCAACAAGAGCCCCUAAGAUGUAAGAUGAAAGUAUAUAAUUUAUAUGUAUGCAGAGACAAACAUUUCUAGCACUGUUUUAUUAACCUACAUCCCCACUUUUCGACCUGAAAGGUCCAUUGUUGUCUUUAGAUCGGCCAAACCUCCCUUGGAGGGUAUUGUUAGGCAUCCAGCCAGAGGCCCCCCGCCCCUUCCUCAACGUCCCUGCCCACCCAGGCACUUCCCAAAGACCUCUGUGCCACUUCAAGUGUGAUGUAUUUAGGUUCUUCGGGGGUUUUUCCAUCUCAUCCCAUCCCAUUUUUGUUCCUGGUUUUGUUGAGACACCCCCAGGCUGGGUCCAACUGCUGAGCUGGAAUGAUAGUUUUGUCUGCACCUUCCUGCUGAAGAUUUAACUCUGCCAUGGCCGCCUCCACACCUCCCUAAUGGCUGUCUCACUAACUGGGUUGUAAUUAGAACUGGGAUCUAUUUAGUUUCUCCAGCCGUUUCCCAAUCCUUCCCACAGUACUAGAAACCUUAGUCCUAUACCAGAGUAAGAGGUGUGUACAAGCCCCUACUGUACUGUAUGCACGGAUCGCUUGGCCAAUAAUUAUGUCAGUGAAUCUGAGACUUGUAUUAAAACACUUAGACAUUUGUAGAAGGGAAUUCGUAGACUUUUCACUUAUAUAUAAAAGGUUCUUUUUUUUUGUGCAGUUCUCAUUGCAAAAAUAAACAUUUGUACUGAAUAUAAAGUUA